AUGGAUGCUAUUUUUGAAAAAGUGGAGCAAGAUUGGCAUAUCAGUAGUUACGACGUAGCUGAAGAACUGGGAAAUGAACACAAAACAGUUUUGGCGCAUUUGAAAGAAAAUGGGUACACAAAAAAGCUCGAUAUUUGGGUACCUCACGAGCUCUCUGAAAGAAACCUAAUGAACCGUGUACUCAUUUGUGAUUCUUUAUUACGACGUAAUGAGACCGAACCAUUUUUGAAGAAAUUGAUAACCGGUGAUGAAAAGUGGAUCACGUACGACAAGAACGUGCGAAAAAGGUCAUGGUCCAAGGCCGGUCAGGCUUCACAGACUGUGGCGAAACCCGGGUUAACUCGCAACAAGGUGAUGCUGUGUGUGUGGUGGGAUUGGAAGGGCAUUAUUCAUUAUGAGCUGUUACCACCAGGCAGGACCAUCGAUUCAGAACUACUGCGAACAACUGAUAAGAUUAAAGCAAGAAGUUGA